CUCCUCCAUCCCUUUCUGCUCUCUCUGCAUUGAACCCGUGUGUCUCGGCCACUGCAGCCUGAGCCACACCCACCGUACAAUCAAUGUCUUCCAUUCAAUUGGACAAUACCGGGAAUGGCCAGCUACAGGUUCCCGGCUUCCAUGAUAUCCCGGUGGAUUAUGAGCUACCCUCCGAUCGAUGCUUUGCGCACGGCGCUCUACCGAAUUGGACUGGGAGCCGAGGUCGAGCAACCCGUUUGACCCAACCUGAGGUUCUCAUGCUACGCAUCAUGGAGAUGCUGACAGAGCGGCAGAACUGGGAAAUCGAUGUGUUUGACGAAAGCAUUGCCCAGAAAUGGUACGAGGAGAUGCUCAUUCAAUCCCAAGCCCAGUCGGGACAGGAGGAGGAGAAAGCUGGGAAUAUGAGUGUUGACAUGGACCUCGUAACCUCAAAGACAUGGAACUGGUGCAUUUCGGAGCUACGCGAUAAAGCUGUCACAUACCGCGAAAACGGUUAUAUUCUCACCUUCAAUGCUGAUUCGGGGGUCUGCAAGUCGGCCGUCCUUGUCAACGAGAGCUUGCAGAGAGAACUCCAAGAAGCUUUCCAGCCACUCAUGGGUGAAUGUGUUGAUCAUAAGAAAUCUGGCCAACAUGACCUGGUGGACCCCGAUAUGUACAUGCUGGUCUAUGGUCGCACUGCCGUUCUCAGCCAAGGAGGUCAAGUCACCAUGACUGCGGCCGAUCUGUCAUAUCCUACCACCAGCUCCAAUGUUCACGUCGCGCCCAUGCCUCAGCACCCCAUUGAUACGUGGACAAGACAACAUGGACACCCACCACAUGACGACAGACUCAGAUCCCUGUAUCGCUGGUCCCACCAAUUUCAGUGGUUGCCGUGCGACGUGGAAUUUGUUGGUUCGGAGGGCACUGACGUGCGAAUCACUUCCUACAUCAACAACCUUCAUCCACGCAACAAGAAGGCCUAUGGUGCCAUUGAAAAGCUAAUCUCCGCCUGCCUAGAACCAUGGAAUGAUGUUCUGAUCAAGGAGCCUGUCAGUCGAUUCCCACUCCGUAUCAGAACAUAUGGAUUCCAAAAGACCAGGCUCAAUGCUCAGUACGACAGAAUCAAGUCAGAAAAUUGGGACUGGCACCGGCCUGACCGGCACUGGCCAGGGCAGACCUGGGCCAUGCAUUGCGCGAAGAUCAAGCAAUAUCUUGCAAUUCCUGAGCCCGACCCAAAAUAUCGGAUUAUUGACGAUGACCCAUCUGAUCCAGUAUAUCCUGAGGAUUUACUGAGCUCCAUGGCGCCAGAGAUGUGGGAGUCUGUGGAACGAGUGGUCAAGGUCGUGCAAGAGAAAUGGGUCCGACUUCACACUUUCCAGUAUCCCGAACCUGGCAUCUCAUACUCUUAUGAUGAGUGGAAACUAGGCAGAACAGCGAAGCCGAUUGUUGAUAUAAGGAAGGCUUCUAGAGAGGUCUUCGAGGACCCCCCUCCAUCACCCCCUGAUCACCAGUAUCAAUCAGUCUCUUUGCAGAACCAGUUUCGCAGCCAGGGAUUGCAAGUAAUAGUGCGUGUUAGCAGUAUUGAACUGAAUGCGGAGAGCCCAAACUUCCCUGGAGAUGACGAUUACCAUGUUGAUGGACUCCUGAAUGAACACGUGGUCGCCACAGCACGAUACUACUACGAUGUGGAAAAUAUCACUGGGGCGCGCAUCUCCUUCCAACAAGAGGUCGACCUGGACGCGUUCGAGAUUACGCUGGAGCCUCAUGCGAUGCAAAAGAUUUUUGGUCUGCCCCGGACGGACGAAGACCCAGCCAACUAUGGUGGCCCCCCUCCGAAGCUACAGACUCUGGGAUCGGUGACUGCCACCCGCCAGGGAUGUUUUCUAGCCUGGCCCAAUACCUUAAGAUACCGGACACUACCUUUUUCACUCCAAAACUCUGAUCUCCCUGGCCAUCAACGCUUUAUUACCAUAUGGCUGGUGGACCCGCACUACCGCAUCUGCUCUUCCCGCAAUGUACCAGCACAACAGCAUACCUGGUGGAGAGAGGACGCAGAGUUCGACCACUUGAGCAACCAUUUUCGAUUGCCACAGGAGUUAAGAGAUCUCAUUAUGCGGAAAACAGGAGAUUGGCCGAUGGGGUUCGACGAGGCGGCGAGGUUCAAGAAGCAGUCGGCUCUAGAGCGUGAACGUGCCAUCUGCGCGCAGUCCCAAGGGGUGGAUCUACAUGACUUUUGGUGGCCCAUUCAGCUUGGGGAGCAAAGUUGA